GUCAAACGCUCUACUCAACUCAGCCGCCGUUGGACCUGUGUGUUGAAGCAGGGCAGUGUCGCCUCUCAUACACGGAAAUGAAAAACUGUUCAUAUCUGGAAGUACUCAGCUUUACUUGUGUUACCGCAUGUUUCUGUUGAAGAACUUGAAGUGUUCAUGUUGUGCGACUCACUGUUGUUGUGUAAUCUUCCACUGGCAUUUUUGCCAGCGACAAAUUACAUUAAUUUCCAAGGGGUCGUCAAAAGCUGCACCCUGAUCUGUGCAUCCGUCUAUUUAGAAGAUGACAGGAGAAAAGAUCCGAUCCCUUCGAAAGGAUCACAAACCGAGCAAAGAUGAGGAUUUACUGGAACCGGACGAGGAAGCUGCAACUGGGACAUUCACAUCAUCAACUAGGACUAUUAGUGGUAAAGGGAAAGCUAACAAGAUAUUCAGCAAUCACAAGAUAAUCAAGUCUGCAGCGACACAACAGCAACAUAAUCAACAACAAGCGCAAGUCAAUGCAAACACUAAUACAAUUGCAACCUCAGACACCGUCGAUGAUAAAAAUAAAAAUCCCAUCAUUCGAGCAGGGCAAGAUUUCCCAGUUCACGAAUGUGUGUUCAAAGGAGAUGUACGGCGAUUAUCAUCACUCAUUCGAACUCAAAAUAUUGCUCAGAAGGAUGUGCAUGGGAACACACCACUGCAUCUCGCAGUCAUGACGGGCCACAAAGAGUGCGCCCAUCUGCUCCUGGCCCAUAAUGCACCUGUGAAGGUGAAGAACGCUCAGGGCUGGAGCCCUCUCGCUGAAGCCAUCAGCUAUGGAGAUCGACAGAUGAUCACGGCACUUUUGAGGAAACUCAAGCAGCAGUCCCGGGAGAGCGUGGAGGACAAGAGGCCGCGGCUGCUGAAAGCUCUCAAAGAGCUUGGUGAUUUUUAUUUAGAACUUCAUUGGGAUUUUCAAAGCUGGGUGCCUUUACUCUCACGAAUACUCCCAUCAGAUGCGUGUAAGAUCUACAAACAGGGCAUCAACAUCAGGCUGGACACCACCCUCAUCGACUUCACCGACAUGAAAUGCCAACGGGGCGACCUCAGUUUUAUCUUCAAUGGCGACGCCGUCCCGUCCGAGUCCUUUGUGGUGCUGGACAACGAGCAGAAGGUGUACCAGCGCAUCCACCACGAGCAGGAGUCGGAGAUGGAGACGGAGGAGGAGGUGGACAUCCUGAUGAGCAGUGACAUUUACUCCGCCACGCUCUCCACCAAAUCCAUAACCUUCUCCCGCGCACAGACCGGCUGGCUCUUCAGGGAAGACAAAACGGAGCGUGUGGGGAACUUCCUGGCUGACUUCUACCUGGUGAACGGGCUGGUUCUGGAGUCACGGAAGCGUCGCGAGCACUUGAGCGAGGAGGACAUCCUGAGGAACAAGGCCAUCAUGGAGAGCCUCAGCAAAGGCGGCAACCUCAUCGAGCAGAACUUUGAGCCGGUGAGGCGGCAGUCUCUCACAGCUCCUUCUCCAAACACCAUCUCCUGGGAGGAGUACAUCACGGCAGAAAACGGAAAAGCUCCUCACCUGGGCAGGGAGCUGGUGUGUAAAGAGAGCAAGAAGAACUUUAAGGCAACGGUGGCCAUGAGUCAGGACUUCCCCCUGGGCAUCGAGUCGCUGUUAAAUGUUCUGGAAGUGGUUGCCCCCUUCAAGCACUUUAAUAAACUCAGAGAAUUUGUCCAAAUGAAACUCCCUCCUGGCUUCCCUGUUAAACUAGACAUCCCUGUGUUCCCUACUAUCACCGCAACGGUCACCUUUCAGGAGUUCCGCUACGACGAGUUCGAGGACUCUAUCUUCACCAUACCCAAUGAAUACAAAGAGGAUCCCAGUCGCUUUCCUGACCUUUGAACCUGCGACCCUAACAACAGAGCGAGAGAGAGAGAGAGAGACAGAAAGCGGCAUCUCUCACUCCUAAAACGACUGCUUAUGGACUCACAGAAGGGCAUUGAUGCCAGUGUGUUCCUAAUGGGGUGAAAUAACAUAGGGAGCUUUUUUUGUAUAUUAUGGAUGUGCUGUAUGUAAUGUUUGAUCGUAAAAGGGAAUAUGUUGAACUGACCUGUAGCGAAGCACUGAAAUGAAUAUCUCUCCAUGGAACAAAACAACUGCACGAACCGACAGACAAACACUGCCCCUCAACGUGGGGCAAGAAGGGUGUGUGCGUGCGUGUGUGCGUGUGUGCGUGUGUGUGUGCGUGCGUGCGUGCGUGCAUGUGUGUGUGCGUGUGUGCGUGCGUGUGUGUGUGCAUGUGUGUACCAUAAACCUUGGCACCAUCCUAAUGCACUACAUUGCAAAACCCUGUGCUGAGUCAAUCGGCAACCAAGAGGUGCUCUUCAACGGACCUAUUUAAUGCUAAUGGUACUGUGUCCAGUACUGCAUUACUCUGAAACACAAGGCCAAAGGCCAUGGAAACGUGAGUGUGUUUUUCCUUUCCCCUUAAUGAAUGGUGCGGUCUUCAUCACCUUAGAUGUGAGCAAAAAUGGCAUUAUAAAGGAUUUAUGUAAGCCUUUGUUUUCUUAUAUACUUUUUGUAAGAACUGUGUUACAAAUAGUAGGAUACACUUUAAAGGACAGGAAAGUAAUCAAAGGGGUUGUACAUUUUCAAGAAGAUGUCUGUAUAUGGGUGAGUAUGAAUGAUGGAAUAGCAUCAUGACAUGUAAUGUAAAUAGAAUUUCUACGGAUAAGGAAAGGCUUUUUUCUGUGUGCAAGGGGGAGACUUACCCCCACCCUUCUACCCCUCAUCCUUCACCUUUCCGCUUGUCUUUUGUUGUGUUAUUAAAGAGCGGGAACUGA